AGUACCCCUAGCUUGACCUUACUCCUCGAUCGCUCUCCUCCAGCUUGGCUAGAACAGGAAUCAUUGUUAAUUAUACGUGGUGUUUGUCUUUUUUCUCAAGCUGCUACAUCUACAUCACCUUGCUCAUUGUCUUUGCAGUUUAGUCUCCAAUUCUGCUUCUCAGAUUCCCCGAGACCUCCAUAUAAUGAACAAGAAUAUCACACGUUUAAUACGAAGUGGCCGGAUUCAAGAAGCAAGAGUUUUGUUUGAUGGAUUAAGACUUAGAAAUACAAUCACGUGGAAUUCAAUGAUGAGUGGAUAUGUCCAUAGGCGAGAAAUUGCAAAAGCUCGAAAACUGUUUGAUGAAAUGCCUGAGAGGGAUGUUGUCUCGUGGAAUUUGAUUAUUUCGGGUUAUAUGGGGUGUCGGGGAAGUAGAUAUAUGCAAGAAGCAAAAUACCUGUUUGAUCAAAUGCCUGAGAGGGAUGUUGUUUCGUGGAACACGAUGAUUAGUGGGUACGCGAAAAAUGGUAGAAUAGAUGAAGCAAUGAGGCUUUUUAUGUGUAUGCCUAAGAGGAAUGUUGUUUCUUGGAAUGCGAUCAUUUCUGGGUUGCUGCAAAAUGGUGAUGUGAAAAGGGCGGUUGAGUUCUUUGAGAGAAUGCCUGACAGGGACGCCGCUUCUUUAAGUGUUCUUGUGUCUGGUUUAAUACAGAAUGAAGAGUUGGAUGCUGCUGCACAUGUUCUGUUCAAGUAUGGGACGAGGGAUAGCGGGAGUGAAGAUUAUCUUCAAGCUUAUAACGUUUUGAUUGCCGGGUACGGCCAAAAGGGAAGGGUGAACGAUGCCCGGAAACUUUUUGAUCAAAUCCCAAUUUAUGCUGAUGAUGAUAAUAGGAAUGCAGUUAGAAGGUUUGAGAAAAAUUUGGUGUCAUGGAAUUCUAUGAUCAUGUGCUAUGUGAAAACUGGAGAUAUCAUUUCUGCCAGGGAGUUAUUUGAUAAGAUGAUUGAGCGUGAUUCUGUUUCGUGGAAUACCAUGAUUAGUGGCUAUGUUCAGGUACGAAAUAUGGAAGAAGCUUCAAGGCUUUUCUCUGAAAUGCCACGCCCAGAUGCAUUAUCAUGGAAUUCAAUGAUCUCAGGGUUCUCCGAGUCAGGAAACUUGGAACUUGCUCGUAAUUUUUUUGAAAGGAUGCCAGAGAAAAACAGGAUAUCUUGGAAUGCAAUUAUUGCAGGAAGUGAGAAAAAUGCAGAUUAUGAUGGAGCCAUCAAGCUUUUUAUUGAGAUGCAAGGAGCAGGAGAAAAACCUGAUCGACACACAUUAUCUUCACUUCUUAGUAUUUGUGCCGAGUCUGUGGCAGUGGAUCUGGGAAUCCAAAUUCAUCAGUUAGUAACAAAGAUUGUUGUGCCUGAUAUUCCGUUAAAUAACUCGCUUAUUACAAUGUAUGCUAGAUGUGGGGCAAUAUUUGAAGCAAGAACUAUUUUUGAUGAGAUGCAAUUUGAGAAAGAUGUAAUCUCUUGGAAUGCUAUGAUUGGGGGAUAUGCAUCUCAUGGUUAUGCACUGGACGCUCUUGAACUAUUUGACUUGAUGAAGCAACUAAGAGUGAGACCUACUUACAUUACAUUCAUUGCAGUUCUGAAUGCAUGUACUCAUGCUGGUCUUGUUGAUCAAGGCUGGUUGCAUUUUGAGGCCAUGAUUAAUGAAUUUGGUAUUGACCCAAGGGUUGAACACUUUGCCUCCAUUGUGGACAUGAUGGGUCGUUUUGGAAAUGUUGAGGAAGCCUUGAACAUAAUUUACGCAAUGUCACUUGAACCUGAUAAAUCUGUCUGGGGUGCAUUACUAAAUGCCUGUAAGCUGCACAACAAUGUGGAGAUAGCACGAGUAGCAGCUGAAGCUUUGUUGAGGCUAGAUCCAGAGGACUCUGGCCCAUAUGUUUUGCUGUAUAACAUGUUUGUUGAUGUAGAGAGAUGGGAUGAUGCAAAUAAAGUCAGGGAGUUGAUGGAUAAAAGUAGAAUUAGAAAGCAACGAGGUUACAGUAGAUUGGAUUCAGGCUGCUGAUAAUGUCAGAAACGUCAUUUCAUGUACAGAGUGGUUAAAAGGCAGACAACAUUAGAACAAAGGCCUGAUAAUAAUCGUGAAAUAUUCCAUUCUCAAGCACAGAGGUAGCAAUCUCACAAGAAUUGGUCUGGAUUUGAAGCUAUGAAAUACAUGAGACACAGAAAUCAUCUUGAUCGGUCUAUUUUCUAUUUCAUCUGUGUAUAUUUGUAGAGCCAUGAAGUAACAUAUGAGUGAGCAAUUGUACCAGAAAACUUGUUUAUCGAAGCAGCUGAUAUAAUGUGAAAUGGGGGUUUUGUGAGGAAGAGCCUAUCAAGGGAGAGAGGUUGUGAAUUGGGUUAAAUUUUGUUGCCUGGUCACUUGAUCACCAUUUACAUCAAGGUUACAUAGCAAGAAAAUGCUUUCAAAUGAAACCAUUUUGCAUGAUGGACCUCUGGAUUCUUGGUUGAGAUGGUGGUGUCUUUUGAAGGUCCAUAACCAAUGCCAUGAAUAAGUAUAAUUUACAGUAAAGCAUCAAAGGGAAUACCCACAACAAUACAUCAAGAUAUUGCCUGAAAUACACUAAUAUGCAAACACUAUCUGGCUGGAAUAUAGAAAAAUCAACUCCAAGUGCAGUACAUAAGUCCUGAUUGGCUUGUAUGCGAGCUACUCUAUUCCAUUCUGUUAUGACUGCUCUAAUGUCCGCAAGUGCAUAAUGAAGCACUCCAUCAUCAGGAAUGAUGAUAUUGGACUGAAAUCACCCUUAAUUCAUCAAGUUGAGAAUGAUUGUCUGUUAUGGAAGAAUAUGAAGGAGAUCUAGGAAGUCCUUCCUGCUUCACAUCAUCAGAGGAUUCAUCUUGGAUCUCUGAAGGGGUCAGUUUGCUGGUUGCAUACCUUGCCUGUGAAAUUUUAGAAGAAAAAUCUAAAUCUUGGAGUCGGGUUGAGAUAGAAGAAGUCAGUGGCCUGUCUGAAACUGAUCUUCUCCUAUUGAGUAUCUAGGCAUAUCUAUAUCAGUUGUUGAUGAAGAUGAUGUCCUAAAACUCAUAGAUCUGUCAAAUUUGACUUGACCAGUUCCAGAAGCAAAUUGCUGGAUGCUUGAAAUCGUUGUAUUCUGUAUUGGAUUUGCUAGAGCUACUUCAGGAAGAACCUAGCUUUCUGACAGUGAGAUCUGGUUCCAGACAAUAGAUCUUGGAACUGUAAUCCGAGAUUUAGCCAGAUCUGUUUGGAAUGGGACUAUCUCUCCCUUUUGUAAUGUUUUUAGGGUUUCUGUUCUGAAUGCUGAAUUCAUAACUUGUAUUGAAUUCUAUAAAUAAUAGCUGCAGGAAGAGUUCUUGUUU